AUGGAUAGCACGACGGUUCUGAGCGUCAACCUCAGCAUCCCGGCACCCGUUCUCCCAGCCCUUGCAGGACGGCUGGCGUCGUCAGCCGUCGACCCCAACCUCCCCCUCCCCUUCCUUCACCCAAAGGAUCCUCCGCUCUCCUCCGACAUGUCGCCUUUCAGUGGUGCCCCAAUGUACCCGACCGUCGGCGCCUUUGCCUGCCGCACACCCUCGUGCCAGGCAACCUUUGCAGACUUCAAGGCCCGCAACGCCCAUGAGUCUCGUUGCAAGUUCGCCUGCAAGGCAUGUGGCGUUAGCUUUUGGAGCACGUGGACAUACGAGAACCACAAGCACGAGCACGUCACAGGCCUUGCAUUUUGUUGCAGGCUCGGCUGCAAGGUCAAGAACACCUCUACCGCCCUCGACUCGUACCUCUGGUUCGCCACCGAGGCGGCGAUGAGGAAGCACCACCUGGUCGACCAUGGCGCCACGUAUGCCACGGCUCGCGAGGUGUACGACGCUUCCGGGCAGUACAACGACACUCUGUUCAUCCCCCUCCCUGCCCACGCGGACAGGCUCGCCGCCCUCGCCGAAUACAAGGCGGAAAACAAUGGCUACGUCAAGCCGAAGAGCGAGGAACAGCUCUCCCAGGACCGCAACGUGCACAACGUGUACAAGAAGAACCGGUCCGAUCUUGAGAGCGACCACGACCGCGACACUCGCCGUCGCCGCACACGCGAGCUGGACGUGGGUGUGUACCAGCGGAUCAAGGCCAACCCCGUCCGCUUCGCCCACAGGAGCGAGAAGCUGCGGAUCAACGAUCGCCGUCGCCGCAGCGACGAGCCCACCGACAAGCGUGAGGCCUGCCUCAAGAAGAAGCGCGAGGGCGAGGCCAGGCGCCGCCGCAACCUCGCACCCAAGGAGCGCGAGGAGCGCAACGCCAAACGCCGCGUCGACCCCGACGGUGCUGUGCGCAAACAGCUCCGUAAGGACAGCAAGAGGGCCCGUGAGGUCGAGCUCAGCGACGACGAGCGUGAACGCCGAGUUGGACAUCGGGAUGUAAAGAGGAUCACGGCCAGCCCGUUCCGCAUAGCCAACGGGCGCGAGAAGCUGCGUCGACGCCGUGCUUUUGGAUGCGAGACAUUGCACUGCAACCAGGUCUUUGACAACUGGGAGCAGCGCAACAAGCACCAAGCCCGCUGCAAGUACGCUUGCCCAGACUGCCCCAUGGCCUCGUUCUGGUAUCUGUGGAACUUCAACAGCCACAUCCACGAGCACCACACGGGCCUCGGCCAUCGCUGCCGUCUUGGCUGCCCUGUCGACAGCAGCGCGGAGGAUUACGACUCGGAUGAUCCAUUCAUCUGGUUCCAAUCCGAGUAUCUCCUCCGCCGACACCACGAGGUCGACCACGGUUGCAGUGUCAAGACUGCCUUCCGUGAGUUGAGAGCUCCCGAGGCAUGGGAGGGCGAUGUCUACAUCCCUCUCUGCUCGGAAUCGGAGAGGGCCGACAACCUCGCUGCCCACAACUCCCAGCGUCGCAUCGACCUCGAGAACACGAACGUCGAUGUUGAAAAGCGCCGUAAGACACGUCAGACUCUCCGAGCAAACGAGAAGGCUCUCGAGAGCGACGAGCAGCGUGCCGACCGUCUUGCCCGCACGCAUGAAAGCGACAAGGCUACGUACGAGCGCAUCAAGCAGGACCCGGUCCGCUACGACAAGCGACUCGAGACUGCGCGCAAAAAUGAUCACAUCAGGCGCGCGAACGAGGUGGACGACGCGGACUCGAUCCAGCGUAAGAAGCAGCGCAAGCUCGCCAAGGCCAGGUGCGACGCAAAGCUGUCGUCCGAGGUUCUCGAGGAACGUCGCAGCCCGAAGAAUCUCCGCAAGCAGGUGUACAAGGCCAGACAGUGCGCCAAGGCUGACGAGGAGGGCGAAAAAAAUGGCGAGAGCAGUGGCCAAAUGUAG